AGUAUGGCGACUUCAAGUGUGCGUGUUCUAUUAUGGAAUGGUACAAGGAUUUUAAGAAACAACUGGGCAAGGUUUUAUGUUCAUCAAGCAAAAUUGCCCAUAGCUAGCAGUCAGGUGUUUGUGAAAAGAAAUGCUACCAGGAAUAUAUUCACUAAUUCACCUUUCUAUGGCCAAGUGGUCUCAUUCAAUCUUUCGGACAUCGGAGAAGGUAUAUCAGAAGUGACUGUUAAAGAAUGGUACAUAAAAGAGGGCGACCGAGUCAACCAAUUCGAUAGCAUAUGUGAGGUUCAGAGUGACAAGGCCUCCGUGACCAUAACCAGCAGAUAUGACGGAUGCAUCAAGAAGGUCUAUUACGAGGUGGACGACAUCGCGAAAGUCGGCUCUCCUCUGGUGGACAUCGAACUCUUUGAAGAAGACAGCUCUAGCUCUGAAGAACAGGUGGAUCAAGUGCAGGAUCAUGUAGCUGCUCCAGCCGGCUCUGAAGAUGUUUUUGCUUUUGCACCCAAGGUUCUGACCACUCCGGCCGUAAGACGCAUCGCAAGCGAAAACAAUGUUAAAUUGAGUGAAGUUAAAGGGACAGGAAAAGAUGGCCGUAUAUUGAAGGAGGAUAUUUUUGCCUAUUUAGAGGAACUAAAAAGGAAAGAACCAGAGCCUGCCCGUCAAGAAAUGGAGGAAAUUAAAGUCCCGAAACCUCCCCCGAAAGAAGUGCCUCAGAGGCUGAUGCAGGAAGCACCAACACCCUCUCUGAAGGACAGAUCAGAAGUGAUCAAAGGGUACAAAAAGGCCAUGGUCAAAACAAUGACCAACUCCCUCAGUGUUCCGUAUUUCAGUUACUGUGACGAAAUCGAUGUGACCGAUUUGGUACUCAUGCGUGCACGGUUGAAACAGAUAGCAGAGGGAAAAGGUGUUAAGUUUUCAUACAUGCCUUUUUUCAUAAAAGCUUUAUCUUUGUCCUUACUGGAGUAUCCAAUUCUUAACUCCUCAGUUGACCAAAAGUGUGAAAACAUCGUUUAUAAGGCAUCUCACAACAUAGGCAUUGCCAUGGAUACAGAACAAGGCCUGAUUGUGCCAAACAUAAAGAAUGUCCAGAAUCUCAGCAUCCUACAGGUGGCUUCUGAACUGAACAGGCUGCACCUGGCGGCCAUCAAGGGCUCUAUACGGCAGAACGACGUCACAGGAGGGACGUUUUCCAUAUCCAACAUUGGAGCUAUUGGUGGAACCUAUGCAAAACCUGUAAUUCUUCUUCCUGAGGUCGCUAUUGGAGCAGUAGGAAAAAUACAGGCUCUUCCUCGCUUCGAUGAGAAUGACAGAGUGGUGAAGAGACACAUCAUGCAGGUGAGCUGGUCUGCGGAUCACAGGGUGAUCGACGGCGCCACCAUGUGUCGAUUCUCUAAUCUCUGGAAAUCCUAUCUCGAGAGCCCCGUGACCAUGCUCAUGCACCUCAAGUGA